GGAUACUGAGGCCUGUGAUCCAUAAGUUCAGCGUUCAUCAAAUUGUGCCGUUGACACCAGUGCACAGCUAGCGGCGAGCGGAUGGUGGUAUUCCUUUAAAUCAUGGCAGAACCACAUGACAUGCAAAAUAACAAAAACGCAACCAGAAUACUGAAAAUGAAGUCAUGCCCUGAAACUUUAGGAUGUUUUGGAUUUACUCGUCUCGUUGGAACAAAACCGAAUCGACAAGAAGAAUUUGACAAACUUUUGCAGAGUACGAGGUACAACCAGCUUGAAGAACUUUAUUACGACCAUGCUCAGCGAUCAAACAAACCGAAGCUCGCUAACGUGCUUCUCCAGAUACUUCAAAUUCAAGAAGUUGAAUCGAUUCAAGAGUAUACUGUGAACGGAAGUACAUUCAAGGUACACGUCAUAGAGGACACAGAGCUAUAAAAUAUGACUUUUGUAACUUUUCCCACUCAUCUUAAGGCAAUAUUUUGAAGAGAUCGAAAAAAAGCAGUUUAGCCACAGGACCCAUUCAGUGUUUCAGCAAGAUACAACAUUCCACCCUAUUGCUCGAAAGGAUUACCGCUGGGGAUUUGUUCUCGUGUUAUUCACGCGUGAACUUUUACGCGAGAUUUCUCAAACAUUUUCUCAAAGACCGAACAGCUGUGAAAACAUGGCAUGACAAAAAGAAAUCUAAUUACUCAAUCUCUACCAAGUGACAGAGGAUAAGUUAAUGGAAGUUAAUGAAAGUACUUCAAUGCGGGGUCGACCUUCUUUGUGCGUUCCGAGUUUGGUGUGCAAACGUUGUUAAGGAUGAAGCCGAAUAGUUUAUAGAGCACAUAAAUAGAGCUUUGAGUUUCAAGCAAGAAAUGAAGCGACUUUAUCCAGGGCAUUGUGAAGCGUGUUUUAAGUUGCUAUUGGCUUUAAGUGAAACCCAACUUGUUUGCCUUUUUAGAGAACAGAUUCGUUAUUUCGUUAAUUGUCUUUUAAGUGGUGAGAAGAUUACAGAUGUCAUCCUAUGCUUUUUUUAUAGUUAUUUCAGAUAAAACCUCGUGUUUGAACUGUUAUUUCAGAGAGGAAUGAAAUAAGAUUGUUUUCGCGUUGAGGAAUAUUUUCCAAACAAGAUGAGACAAUACAUGACAAUGUCUAUUUUUUACUGUAAACUUUCGUAAAUCAAAAUUGAACAUACACGAUCAGCUGGUCUGAAUUACUGAAGAGCGAGCCAAAAUGUUUCACCUAGUUUCCAGGACAAAGGUCAAGUAUAUUUUUUUUGCAUGUUUUUAAAGAGAGAUCGCUUUUGUUUAUUUUAAAAAGGUAAAGAACUGCGUGUACUGAACAAAAGAUUGAAUAAAUAUUUGUUUUUACAGAU